AUGAAAAAACUGUUGCUGCAUGGAAGGCAGUUUGUAAGGUUAUUUUCUUUGGUUGUCACUGAAAAACAUCUAUUUGUGACGUUCAAAGAGCAUGAUGAGGAAAAGCGAUUGAAGUAUGCAAGUGAAGAUUUAAUUAACCUGAUUGGUCUUCUAGAUGAAAAGCAGUAUGUAUUGUUAGAACUGCAUGGUACAGACGAGCAACUGGAAGUUAAAUUUAAACGGAAGUAUUCCUGCAUCCUUCAGAAUUACAGCUUUUGUCAGCAGCAUGAUGUGACAAAAGAUGAGCGGGAUCAAACCCAAACCAAACCUGAUCCGUUCCUGUAUUUGGAUCAGAUCAAAAGUGAAAAGUUGUAUUGGGUUAUACGGAGCUAUAUCAUUGACCCGCAGUUGAUGCCAGAGUGGUUUGACACCGCCUGUUACUGUGCUUUGGAGUCACUAGGCUGUACUAAAUUACCGCAUCCAAGGCAGCGAUAA